UAGGGUUUCUCUCUCUCUCUCUCUCUCUCUCUUCAUCAUCUGAAGUUAGGGUUUCCAAAAAAAACAAACAAAAUAUGAUCAUCUGGUGUUAAUUAGUCACGUCAAAAAAAUCAAGAUCCAACAUUUUCUUCUAUACUUGUCACAGAUCUGCAUGAUAAUAACAACCCAGAAAAGAGAUCUCGUACUUUGAUCCUAUUUUAGGAAAGGUUGUGUUUUAAGAUCAUGGUGAGAAAGGGUAAAACAGAGAUGAAGAGAAUAGAAAAAGCCACUAGAAGGCAAGUUACAUUUUCAAAGAGAAGAAGUGGACUCCUCAAGAAAGCAUUUGAACUUUCGGUUCUUUGCGAUGCCGAACUUGCUCUUAUCGUCUUCUCUUCAAACCAAAAGCUCUAUCAGUUCUCCAGUUCCUCAAGUAUUACGAAGACAAUACAACGUUAUGGAAAAACUUGCAAGGAACCGGGAGGAAGUUGCGCGACAAAAGUGGUGGAAAAUGUGCAGCAUUCAAAAGAAGAAACUGAUGUUUUGGCAAAGAAGAUUGAGGUUCUUGAAGCUUCUAAAAGAAAGUUAUUAGGGGAAGAUUUGGAGUCUUGUUCUUCUGAUGAGUUCAUAAAGCUAGAGGAGCAGAUAAACCAAGCUUUAUCUAAAAUUAGGGAAAGGAAGAAUCAGGUGUUUAAAGAGAAGAUGGAACAGUUGAAAGAAGUGGAGAGGAUACUCAAUGAAGAAAAUGCACAGAUGAUGAACAAAGUAAAAACAUUUGAAGAGUUGGAUCAAUCAGAUGAUCAUCAGAAAGUGGAGACCCAACUGUUCAUUGGUCCACCUCAGCCAAGAAAUUCAGUUGUUUUCCAAGGUUGAUCAUGAUCACAUCUUAUGAAA